AUGCCAUCACCUCAUCCUGAUAACGAUCUGAUUGAUGAGAAUGAUCUUGUGGCCGAAGAUGUUUCUUGUGAAAGUGAAGGGGUUACUAACCUUUCUGAUAACAAUGCAGAUGCAAACAAAACUUCCAUUCAGGAUAACUGUAAUGGGCAUCUGCCUAAACCUAAGACCCACAACCAUGACAAUGUAGCGGUUGAAUGUUUUGAUUUACAAUCUGCCUUUUGUGAUGAACAAGUUGUGUGUGAACCUCCUGUGUUUGUUCCAGAGUUGAAACAAAACAGAUUCGGAAAAUUCCUCACGGAGGAAAUUCCAGAAUUUGUUCCAUCUCACACAGGUAUGUCUGAGUCAGAGAAAAAGCUAAAUGAAGAAAGCAGUAGUGAAGACUCAAGCACCACAACUUCAGAAGGAGGCGAAAGAAGCUUAAGUGAUGAUUACGAUUCAGAUUUGCAGUCAUACCAAGAAUGGGCAAGCUCAAAUGAAUCAGAAACUUCAGUAACAGAUGCUGGUAAAAAGGUUGAAAACCUUGAAUCAACGAGUGUUCAAGAACCAACAACCCCAAACAACUCUGCAAGUCUAGUAAAUCAAGAUCCAUUGGCAAAAGACUUCCAUAUUGAUAAUUGCACGAGUUCAGAUGACGAAUCAAAUACAAAUGAAAGUCUUGCGGAGUCAAAGAUCAAAAGAUCAUAUGAAGUUGUCGAACCUCACAUUUGUAAACAUGCUGAGUCAAGCUCAAAGCAAUCCCCGCCCCUAGUUGCAUCACACGGAACUUCAAAGUCUCAAAAGCCAUUCAAGGCUUGUUUUAGGUGUGGAAAAGAAGGUCAUGUGCUCAAACAAUGCCCAGAACGACACGAUCCAGACAGUAAAGACAACCAAUAUUGCUUCUUUGGAUCAAAAGGUAAAAAUCACACAUCUUUGAAAGAUCGGAUGAAAAACUUUCAAUCCAGAUCUCCACAUGUGAAGCCGGUUUCACAUGAUUCAAAGAUGAAAAGGACCAAAACAUCAAAACCUCAAUCUUUUCCUCCGGGUCUUAAACAAAAGAUUGUUUCAAACUUUAAAUCUUUUACAAACAAAAUUUUUAAACCAACACAAGUUUGGCGAGUCAAACAAGUGGUUGUAAAAGAAAUCAAUGAGGGAAAAGAUUUGGCAUAUCGGGAGGUUUAUUAUUUUGAUGAAAGGGGACAACCCAAGACUACGAUGGCUUGGGUUCCACUCUCUAACUGA